UUACCUUCACUGUUGUUGCCAGUAGAGGUUCACAUCGGAUUCACUCCAGUGGCUGCUCGUUUGUUCUCGCUAUGAAAAUGACCAGCGCGAAUGUGGAAGCGGCGAAGACCGAGGAGGCCAGGACUCGGUUACCGACCUCCAGAGCGUUUAAGAUACUGGCAAUAGUUUCAGUCUCGCUGUUCGUUUUAAUAAUUGCAGCGCUGGUCGCUUUUAUGUUGGUCUUUUACCUCCCUCACACGUGCACGGACAGUGAAGCUUGCAGAAGAUCUGAAUAUACAGCCUGUGGAUGUGGCCAACGGAAAACCCGAUCUGACAGGAUUGUCGGUGGGUCAAGCACCGAUGAUGGCGAGUGGCCUUUUAUUGUCAGUUUACAGUUGAGCAAUAGCCACAGAUGUGCAGCAACACUCAUCUCCUGUCGAUGGAUUUUAUCUGCUGCCCAUUGCGUCAGGAACAGUAGCGCAGAGUACUGGGAAGCUGUUUUUGGACUCCAUUUCUUGAAUCGGCCAACAAAGGAUAUCCAGAGACAAAAAAUAAAAAAAAUAGAGAUUCAUCCUGAUGCAUCAACUAACUUUAAUUACGAUGUUGCCCUACUGGAGUUGUCCGAGCCAGUUGAAUACACAGACUUUAUCCAACCAGCUUGUCUACCUGCAGCAUCGACUUCCAUUUCUGGUCAAAUAUGUACAACAAUUGGAUGGGGCCAAACAAGUGAAAAUGCUGGAUCGUCAAGUAAUGAGCUUUUGAAGACUGAAGUGAAUGUAUUCACCAACACCCAGUGCCAGAAGAAGAUGCCAACUAUAACUACACACAUGAUUUGUGCAGGGGCACCUGAAGGAGGCAGAGAUGCAUGUCUGGGUGAUUCUGGAGGACCAUUGCUGUGCCAAGAUAAGAAUUCUGGUGCAUGGAUAGUUGCAGGAGUUGUUUCCGCUGGAGUAGGCUGUGGAAGACCUGACCAUCCAGGCUUAUAUACAGAGACAGCAGCUGUUCACAAAUGGAUACAGGAUGUAAUACAAUAACGAGUGCUGCUGGCAGCCUAACUUGUGACAAUCAUUGUCUUUGGCUGUUGCUGUUACUGGGGUAGCACUCGGCUGCAGCACUACAGAACUGCUUCAUGCUACAUUGGAGUUUGAAUGUAAAACAUCUUGCUUUUAAAAGCUUUAUCAUGGUCUUAGACCAGAUUGUAACAAUACUCAUUUUGAGAAACUGGAUUUUAAACUGUCCAGCUUUGUAUUCAUGUUUAAGGAAAGAACUACAGAUGCUGGUUAAAUCAAAGGUGGACACAAAAUGCUGGAGCAUCUAUGCAUAGAAGGAAUUGGUGACGUUUCGGGUCUAGACCCUUCAGAAGGGUCUAGACCCGAAACUUCGCCAAUUCCUUCUCUCUAUAAAUGUUUCCUCACCUGCUGAGUUAUUCCAGCAUUUUGUGUCCACCUUUGUAUUCAACUGGUUUUAGCAUAGUGCUGUUGUGUGCUCACUUUUCUAUUUGUGUUAGUAAUAUUGCUGUGCAUUAAAUCAGUUGCUUAAAUUAACCUUCUUGGAACUCUGACAUGUUAAAAUGCAAGUUUGGAUUGUUAAUGCUGUUCUAAUAUUUUGGAACUCACAAGCUAAUUUCCCAUCACAAGUGGUGGAAUUUUGUAUGUUACAAUGUAACUACUUGUAAAUUAAACUGUAUUUGUUGACAUAAUGAAAGAUAAAUUGUUCACAAUAAAAUGUAUACAGUGAAUUUCC